UUGACCUACAUUUGAUUUGUUUUCGUCCCAAACAUUCACGCACAAGCACGAAGUGAAACAGUCUGAGGCUUAAAAAUUUUUCACUUAGUACAAUUUAUUCGGUGAACGCCCGCUGCAAUCAUGGGCACAGAUGAUGUCUCUAAAAGUGAUAAGAUUCGGGAAGGAUUUCAAAUCAAUUGGUUAAUCCUGCGAGACGCCGAUACCGGCAAAAUUAUUUGGCAGGAAAAUAAAGACUUUUCCUGUCCGGAUGUGGAACAUGAAGCACGGGUGCCUAUUAAAAUUCUAGAUCUGCGGGCUGUUUCUAGAGAGAUCAAUUUCAGUACGGUGGAAUCGAUGGAAAACUUUCGUCUAGACCAGAAGGUACUCUUCAAGGGUCGCAUCAUGGAGGAAUGGUUUUUUGAAAUGGGCUGGGUCAGCCCGAAUACAACAAAUACCUGGCAAUCAACGAUCGAAGCGGCACCGGAAUCACAAAUGAUGCCCGCUAAGGUGCUCAAUGGUAAUGUGACUAUUGAGACCAGUUUUUUCGACGGUGAAACGCUUAUCAGCAAGUCAGUAGUACGGUUAUAUUAUGUCUAGGCGCUACAUAAAACUGCUAGUCUUUUAGACAUUAAGGUAAGUGCAUUUAAUCAAAGAUUGACACUCGAAACCCCAAUUGUGAGCUGCACUCACACUGUGAAUAGCUAUUAUUCUGGUGUAGAAUAAGUUUUGUGUGAACGUAGACUUCAGCAGGAAAUAAGUUAUCCUUUAUUUAAUCAUAGAGCUAAUAACUAUUCAGGAGUAAUUUUUUUUCACGAAGUAUUCGAUAGGCAUUUAAAAAUGACUCAAAAACCGAGAUAAUUUGCUGGAGACUGUUGAAAACACAGCUGUUAAUUCAAAUCAGGAGUUGCAACAACGGUAUUUUAGGUGACAACCAAAUCAUAAUUGAAUUAUAAAUAUGUAAUUUUAAAAUAUUUUUAUUAUCGUUUAUUUGUAUAUACAACUAUGCAUAUAGCAUAAAUCUUGUACUUGUGGAUUAGAAAUAAAAUCUGGCGCAUA